AUGGAGUUUCGUGAGACGUUGUUAGCAGCUCAACGAAAUCAACAACAAAAGUCAUCUGAAAAUGCAUACUACAAAGCUCGCUUUGAUCCGCCCAAGAAAGAGCAGAAACAGAGGGACAAAUUGUCAGCAAAUAUUCAAAAGUUUUUGGCAAAGAAGGAUGAGGAAGAGAGGCAAAAGAAAAUUGAAGCUCAAAAGAAAAGAGAGGAGCUCCUUGCUAUGAGAGAUCCUAAAGCCUUGAGAAAGAUUCAGAAAACUCUGAAAGUGAUUAAGUCGGCCAAUAAGUCAGUGAUUGCUGAUGCUAUUGAUCGGGAUAACACUGCAGUGACUCGUGAGGGGCCGGACCAGCCUGAUCAAGAUGAUUAUGGCUAUGAGUCCCAAGAAGCAGCAGCUAUUUACGAAAAGAUGAUGGAAAAGUAUAGUAAGAUGCCAGAUGAACCAAAAUUUCCAAUAGGAAACACAUCUGUAAAGAGAGAUCUUAAUGGUACCAGAGAGCGCGUAAAACACGCCUUGAGACAUGAAGAUGAUCCAGUACCUCAUAAGCGUCGAAGGAAAGGAGAGAAUGGAGAGCGAGAAUCAAGUCCACCAACAAAAUAUGAGCCUGAAAAAAAAGAAACUAAGCCAGAAAAGCCCAAAUUUCGGAAACCAGCCCCUCCCCCUAUGGACUUUAAUCAACUGUUGAAACUAGCUGAACAAAAGAAGAGUGAACCAAUUGAAAUAGGAAAGAAGAAAGAAGCUGUAGCAGAGUCUGAGGCAGGCCCUGAGAGACUCAUGACCAAGAAACAGAAGAGGGAUUAUGAGGAAGAGAUGGCGAGACGACAACGUCGCCUAGAGAGGUUGGAGGCCGAGAAAAAUGGUGGUAAGAAAGUUUCAAGAGAUGAUAAACCGAGGGAUGACAGAUCAAGAGAUGACAGACCCAGGGAAGCUGAAAGAGAAAGAAGACCUGAACCAAGUUCUGGGUUAGGCCGCAUCCCGAAAAUGUCAGACAAAAUGAACAAUCACAACUCUAGAAAUGACAGUCCUAGACCAUCUGACAGAGAGAGAAGUGAAAGAGAGAAAAUAGAGAAACUACAAAAAGAAAGAGACCGAUUAAGACUAGAAAAAGAUAAGGCUGAACGUGAGAAAGAAAGAAUAGACAGAGAGAGACUUGACAAGCUGAAGGCGGAGAGAGAACGAAUCGAAAGAGACAUAGACAGACUUAACAGAGACAGAGAAAAGUUAGAAAAAGCUAAAUCUAAGUUAGAGAGUAACACUAGACCCCCAGAAAAAGUAGUCAAAGGUGUUAACAAACCUGUAGAUAGAUCAAAAUUAAAUUAUAAGGAAGGAGUUAAACAAGAUGUAAAUAAAAACAUAGACUUAAAGAGCCAAAAUACAUACAGGAUAGAUAAGAAUUCUAAUGAAAGGAAAUUAGCUGUACCGGGUAAGCAACCUGAUAGUAAAUUAUUGAAUGGCCAUAGUAGCCAGGGUAAAGCAGUGCCAAAGCAGAGAGAGCCAGUGCAUCAAAAUGGCUUUAAGGAUAAAGCUUUACUGGCUAAGCAGAGAGCUGCUGAAGGAUCUCAGAAACUGAAUGACAAGAGGCUGGUAGAUAGCAAAGGAGUGCCUUCUAAAAGACCUGAAGAUAGGAAACCUGGUGCUAAUGAUAAAGCUGGCCCAAGUAAGCCGAAGAUUACAAGUACAUUUGAUUUUGAUAAGCACAUUAAUGGUUUGGGUAAGAAUGGCGCGAGAAAGCCGGACGGUACGCGGCAGUUCCCGCCAGGUGACGUCAGGAGAAAAGCUAUGGAGAAGAAGAAACGCCGCGCUCUAGACUCUGAUUCUGAGUACGAUUCCGAACUGGAUGACUUCAUUGACGACGGCGAUGAUGAAAUGGAUUACUCCAGGCAUAUUAAGGAGAUAUUUGGUUAUGAUAAAUCCAAGUAUCGAGACAUGGAUGACGAUGACGAUCCUACCAUGGAGUCCAGUUUCGCGCGACAACAACGCGAGGAGUACAUUAGUAAAAAGAUUGGUAUUAUGGAAGACUUAGAAGAUAUGAGGCUGGAGGCUAUGCAGAAGAAAAAGACCAAGAAGGGCCGACGGAUCAGCGACGACUGA